AUGAUAAAUUCUUCUCCCGAUUAAUAGUGCAAAAUAUAUAAACCAAUAAAGCCUCGCUACAUAUAAUAGGCAUAACCUGAUCAAAUUGUUUCUUCUAAUUACGAUCUAGAUUAAAAUGAUUACGAGAUUAGACUGAGACAUCAAAGAGCAUUUAGAAAGAAAGGAUCUAUAAGAAUUCGUAAUUUGGAUAUCGAUAGUGAUAUUAUAAAAGAGGACAUUAGUCAAGAAAAUAAGAGUGAAUAAGAAUCAGAUAUCGCCUAUAUACAAAAUCGUAAUAUUCAAGUUGCAUUAACUCCAAACAAUGAAGAGGAAGCCUAUUGUCCUUUCAAAAUUUGUGGUCAUUAACAUUCUGAAAGCUUAUGGAGAGCAAAUAAUAUAAAAAACCAACAUUUUGAUCAUUAAUAAUAUACUAUUCCAAAAUAGCCAAAAUAACAUGAUUCUCCAAAAGCUGAAAAUACUAUAAAGUCUUAUAAAAAUCUCAAUAGUGCUAAUAGUUUAUAUUCCCCCACAAAAGGAUCUCAAAUUCUUAUUUAAUCAGAAAAUACUAUAUAUUAGAACUUUAAUAUAUUUUAGAGACUCGUUCUUUAUCAUGUGUUUAAUUUUAUGAGGGAAAUCAAAACUUUAUUAUAAACUUCUGUUCAAAAAAUCAAUAUCAACCAUCUUCCAAAAUAAGCCAUAAAUGAUUCUAUUUAAUUUAAUUUGAAAAUCCUAUAUCAGCAAAUCAAAAAUCAUGUAUUUUUUGACAAUUAAAUUAAAUUAGGAAUAUUAAAAUUUCAGUACUCUCACUCUUUUUAAAAUCUUCUUUUGGAGAAUCAAUAAAUUAAUGACAAUUCUAAUUAUAUUUUUAGCAAUGGUUGAAACAUACUCUAGAUUUGUAAUGGCCAUACUUACAGAGACUUUAAUUUCUGCAGUUUAAUCAAAAAAAAUAGGGGAUGCUUACAUCUAAGCAUUUGCACUUGCUUUAUUAUCAUUAAUAGCUUUGAUUAGCAAACAUUUUUAAUAGUAUUUAAAUUUAACUAAUUAUAGAUAUAUAAUCAGUAAUUCUGCAACUAAAAUGAGAAUGAUCCUAAUCAAUUUAAUUUAUGAUAGAAUCAUCGAAUUACACUCAUCUUAAAUUGCAUAAUUAAAUGUAGGCAAAAUUAUGAAUUUGGUCAGUAGUGAUUUAAAUGUAAUUGAAUAUUAACUUGCCUAUGUAUAUUAAAUAGCAGUUAUUCCUGGUUCAUUGCUUUUAACUUCCAUCAUAUUAUGGGUAAAAUUACUUUAAAGUUUAGUUAAGGUUUGAUGGUCCUAUUGGAUUAAUUGCAAUUCUCUUUUGUGCCAUCCUUUACCCAUUAUAAAUUCUUAUUCAAAAAGCAAAUAAAGUAAUUUUACUGAAAACCAGAAAAUUGCAAGAUCAAAGAAUUUCAGUAUAUUUUUAACUGAUAUCAAGCAAACUAAUACAGUUAUUGAAGGAAUCAAAUAUAUCAAGAUGUAUGUUUGGGAAUGCAUUUUUGAAAAAAAGAUUAUGUCCCUCAGAGAUAAGGAAUUCAUAUACUAUUUAAAUAUUCACAUAUUAAAUUUGAUAGAUAGAUCAUUUAAUUAUAGUGUGCAUAUUUGGGGUUCUUUCUGUUUUAUUUUAUUUUUGUAUUAUAAUAACAUUCCUCUAAGCAUUUCAUCCAUAAUGGGAACGAUAUAAUUAAUGUCAAUGAUCAAAUACUAUUGUAUAUUUUAGGUAUCUUAUGCAUUUCAAGCAUUAAUGAAUUUUGGUGUAAUAUUUCAAAGAGUUUCUGAUAUACUUAAAUACUAAAGCAAUAACUUAACAACAAUUGAUUUUUAUAACAAAACAACAUUUACAGCUUAUGAUCUUCAACAUUAGCCUAUAUAGCAAUUGAUAUAAGAAAGAAGCAGAGGUUUAAAUCGAAAGGGAAGCAUCAAUCUCCAAUCUGCAACCUUAUUGACAGUCUUUUAAUAUUUUGGAAGAUGGCAUAAGGAUGGAAUUCCAGCAAUAAGUGGGAUUAAUUUAGAUAUUAAAUCUGGAGAGAUAGUGGCUGUAAUAGGGAAAGUUGGAUCUGGAAAAUCGACUCUACUUUCAGCCAUAUUGUAAGAUGUUCCCUAUUAUGAAGGAAUGAUAAAUCAAUAGAGAAAACUUAAAUUAGCAUAUGUAGAAUAAGACCCUUUUAUUUAUACAGGAUCAAUACGUGAAAAUAUAUUGUUUGGUAAAGAAUACGAUUACACUCUUUACUUAAAGGUUUUGGAAGUAAGUUGUUUAGAUUAAGAUGUUCUCUCUUUUUAAUAAGGAGAUAAAACUGAAAUAGGAGAAAAAGGAACUAAUUUAUCUGGUGGUUAGAAGGCUAGAUUAAGUUUGGCUAGAGCUUUAUAUUAAAUGGCAGAUUUAUAUUUGUUUGAUGAUCCUUUAUCUGCUGUUGAUUCAAAGGUGGCUAGUAAAAUCUUUGAUUUUGCUAUAAAAGAUUUUAUUUUUAAAUUUCAGCCAAAUUAUAGACCAUCUAUGAUUCGAUCUCAUUAAGCCUUCCUUUAUUAAAUUCCAUCAGUUAUUUUAGCUACUCAUUAAAUUUCAUUUGCAUUAGAAUGUGAUUAUGUAAUCAUUUUAGAUGCAGGUAAAAUCAUACAUUAAGGACCUAAAAAUAAAAUUAGAAAGCAUAUCCUAGAAUCAUCUAAUAUUUAGUCUAGUAAUAAAAAUAUUGAAAACCCUCAUUUAAUAAGAUCUCUCAAAAUAAGAAGACCAAGUAAAUUAAUAAGCAAAGUAGUCAAUCAGAUAACAAAAAUUUAUAAAGAAGAUACUCCUUAACUUUAUGUAGCAGAAGAUUAAAAUCAACAAGAUGCUUCAUACUCUACUUACAAAAGAUACUUCAGCUAUUGGAGGCCUUAUAUUCUAAUUUUUAUAAUUUUAUGUCAAAAUGUAGCCAGCGAAAUUAUUAACAACUAUUACUAUAAGGAAAUGGCUCAGUUCAAAUAAGAGGAUACUCAAAAUAAUGAGAUUGUCUUUAAGAAUGCAGGUAUUCUUGUAAUAGGAGCUUAUAUCAAUAAUGUGAUAAAAUAUUUUUUAAAUAUUUUUGGUGUUCUUACUUCCAAUAAUAUCAUUCAUAAUAAAAUGUUAAAAAGAUUGAUACGUUCUCCAAUAGAGUAUUUUGAUACAAACCCUUCUGGAAGAUUGAUUAAUAGAUUUUCAACAGAUUUAUCACUUGCUGAUACUUAAAUUUAAUAAACUAUAACAGAUAUUUUUGAGUAAGGUGCUUAAUUCUUUGUCUCAUUGGUAACAAUUGCAAUAUUAUAACCUUACUUUACUUUUCCUGCAUUAUUUACAGUUGGCAGCACUAUCUUGAUAUUUCGAAUCACAAGAACAGUUAUAUCAUAACUUAAGAUUUGUGAUUUAAUAUCAAGAUCUCCAUUAUUUGAUUAAUUUAAAAUAUCUAUUUAUGGUGUCACAUAAAUCAGAAUAAAUGAAAAUUAUUCUUGGAUUAAAGAUAAAUUUCUUAAAUUUUCAAAUCAAUCUAUGUAAGCAAAUUUAUUAUUUUUAUAUUCCUAAAGAUGCUUUGGAUUUUAUAUUGAUUUAUUUGGUUAAUUUGCUAAUAUAACAGGAAUCUUUUUAAUAAUUUCUAUGAUUGAUGAUCCAAAAAUAUUUUCUUAAGCAUUGUUAUUAUUAUCUACUUUCAAUACUUAAGCUGGUACACUUCGAUAAUUCAUGGCUUUUGAUUCUAUGAUGAAUAGUAUAAAUAGAAUGUUUGAAAUAUGUGAUAUUGAAAUAGAGGAUUAUAAUAAAUAAGUAUGUGAUUUGGAAGUCUAAAUUUGGCCUAGAUUAGGAACAAUUUAGUUUUCUAAUGUGGAAAUGUAAUAUAGAAAAAAUACUCCUUUUGUAUUGAAAGGAAUGAAUUUUAACAUUAAGGAUAAAGAGAAGAUAGGGAUAGUUGGAAGAACUGGAUCUGGAAAGUCAUCCAUCAUUUAAAGUCUCUUUAGAUUAAUAGAGAUUGAAGAAGAUGGGUAAAUCUUAUCUAUUAUAUAAAAUUAGUUUAAUCAGUAUAGAUGAUUAAGAUAUUAAAAAGAUAGCCCUUAAUAAAUUAAGACAAGAAAUAAGUAUUAUUCCUCAAGUUCCAUUCCUUUUUAAAGGAACUUUAAGAGAAAACUUAGAUCCACUUAGAAAAUUUGAUGAUAUUAAGAUUUCUAAUACUUUAAUAUAAACAGGAUUGGAAGGUUUUUUACAAUUACUUCCUAAUGGAUUGAAUCAUGAAAUAGAUCCAGAUUUAUUUUCAAAUGGAUAAAAAUAAUUGAUUUGUUUAAGUAGAGUUUUACUAAAUAAAAAAAAGAUUUUAGUUCUAGAUGAAGCAACUGCAAAUGUAGAUAUGAUUACAGAUUGUUUAAUUUAAUAAAUAAUCAAAGAGAAAUUUAAUGAUUGUACAAUUCUUACAAUUGCUCAUCGAUUAAAUACAAUUGCAGAUUAUGAUAGAAUAUUUGUUUUAGAUGAUGGAAAGGUUUUAGAAUAAGGACAUCCUUACGAACUUUUAGUAUAAAAUCCAAAGAUUUCAACUUAUAUUAACAGUGAUUCAGUUUUUGCUAAAAUGGUUCUUUAAACAGGAAGCAAAAAUAGUGGUUAGAUUUAUGGAAUAGCAAGAAAAUGUUAUCAAAAAACACAUGAUAUAGGAAGUAGAACAAAUUGUAACAGUAAAAUAUUUGAUGUGUCUCCAAGUAGUAUAAAUGAGUUUAACUUUUGA